AUGUCCGAGCGAGGCUCGUUCCGCGGGGGUCGUGGUCGUGGUCGUGGCGGCCAGGCCCAGCAGAAAAGUGGCGGUGGUGGCGCACAGGAGAAGCCCAAGAAGGAAAACAUCUUGGACCUCAACAAGUAUAUGGACAAGGAGGUUCAGGUCAAGUUCAAUGGUGGCCGUGAGGUCUCCGGUACGCUCAAGGGCUACGACCAGCUGAUGAACCUGGUCCUCGAUGACGUGAAGGAGACCAUGCGUGACGACGAGGGCAACAAGACCACUCGCUCACUGGGCCUCAUCGUCGCCCGAGGCACUCUGAUCGUACUGAUCUCACCCGCCGAUGGCAGUGAUGAGAUCCCUAACCCCUUCCUGCAAGCAGAGGAGUAA